AUUUCCUCACUUUGGUGUGGCUGGUGCUGCUCAAUCUAGCUACUACCCAAACCGAUCCUAUUUCAACUUUUUCCACAAAGGAAGCAAAGGAAUUUAUCAAAUUAUUAUAUUGCUUGGAUAAUAUUUAUUAAGGAGCUCUUAUAUACAAAGGAACAUCUUUUCAAGUCAAUGUUCUAACUGCCUAAUAGGAUCACAGGAAUAAUCUCUUGCCUCUUGGCACACCACCUGCUGUUGAAGUUGAUUUUAGAUUUUUUAAUCAAGGACUGCAAAAUGGUGGACAGUGUUGUUAGCUUUGCUUUGGACAACUUGUCGCGGUUGCUUGUUAGUGAAGUGACGUUACUAUCGGGUGUGAAGGAUCAAGUCAGGUCCCUAUGCGAUGAACUGAAGUUUAUGGACAUUUUCAUCAAGAAUUCUGAGGGAAAACGCAACGAUCCAUUGGUGAAAGAAGUGGUGAACCAGAUCAAAGAUGCAGCAUAUCAAGCUGAAGACGUGGUAGACACCUAUGUCGUUAAUGCCAAUAAACAAAGAAGCAGAAAUAUGUUGAGCAAGUGCUUCCACAGCAAAGGCCAUGUGAUGAUGCUCCAUGAGGUGAAUGAUCAGAUCACCACCAUCAAGAGAAGAAUCGAUGAGAUCUAUCAAAACAAGUCCAAAUAUGGCAUUCAACAAGAUGAUUUUGAAAGUCAUGCGGGAAACAAAGAAUUUGCAGAAGACUCGUUGAUUGCGAGAAGGAGGGAUGUGGAAGAAGAGGAGGUAGUAGGUCUGGUGUAUGAUUCCGAUGAGGUGAUUAGCCAACUUGAGGGAGGAGAUUCGAGUCAUAGAGUUGUUUGCAUAACAGGCAUGGGUGGUUUGGGAAAGACCACUCUUGCUCGAAAGAUCUACAACAACGACAAGAUCAAGAGCAUGUUCCCGUGUUGUGUGUGGUGUUUUGUGUCCUACAAUUACAGAGCUCAAGAAUUAUUAAUGAGUCUUUUGAAGCUUUUGAAUUUACCUGCAGAGGAGUAUAAAGAUUUAACUGAUCAAGCAAAAAUGAAAAGAAAGGUCAGAGAACGCAUGAGUGGAAAGAAAUACCUGGUAGUCCUAGAUGACAUCUGGGAAACUCAAGUGUGGAAUGAUUUGCAAGGAGCCUUUCCCGAUGACAACAAUGGUAGCAGAAUAUUGAUAACCACACGUGUGAAGGAUAUUUCUCACUAUACAAGAGCAACCUUUACUUACGAACUUCCAUUUCUUAAUGAAAGUCAAAGUUGGGAACUGUUCUGUAAAAAGGUGUUUUGCAAAGAAAAAUGUCCUCACGAACUUGAAGUUCUUGGUAGAGAAAUGGCUAAAGCCUGUAAAGGUUUGCCACUUGCCAUCGUUGUGUUGGCAGGUAUGGUUGCCAAAAAAGAGAGGUCACCAAGAGAAUGGCUUAAAAUCAAGAAUCAUGUUUCUUGGUAUCUUGCUCAGGAGGAAGAAUAUCGAAUUGUGACCAAUAUUCUGAAGCUUAGCUAUGAUGACCUUCCCCAAGCAUUAAAGCCAUGCUUUCUUUAUUUGGGAGUGUAUCCUGAAGAUUAUGAAAUCCAUGUGAGAAGAUUGUGUCAACUGUGGAUAGCUGAAGGGUUCAUUCAGAAAAAAGAAGUUGGACCAUCAAAUUCACCAGAAGUAGAAGAUAUUGCUGACAUGUAUUUAGAUAAGCUGGUGGAACGGAGCUUGGUGCAAGUGGCAAGUAGGAGGACUGAUGGGGGUGUGAAGACAUGUCGAGUCCAUGAUCUUCUUCGUGACCUAUGCAUUUCAGAGAGUAGGGAAAAUAAAUUUAUGGAAGUGUGCACAAAUUUGGAUGCUAUCAAGUGUAAUUCUCGUAGGAUGUCUCUCCAGUAUAGAGGAGAACUGAGGCUAACCGAAGAUAACCAAUCAUCUGCACGCUCUCUGCUUCUGUUUGGUGAAAGCACUUUCUGGGAGAAUGAAUCAGAAGGGUGGAAACAGAUGUGGAAUGGCUUCAAGUUGGCUCGUGUAUUGGACAUGAACCAAGUGAGGCUAUGUUUAUCACCUCGUGGAUUGACGACAUUGAUCCAUCUAAGGUUUUUGAAAGUUACAGCAUCUUCUAGAAGAAUUGGAGAUGAUGUUUUAGCUUCUAUAUGCAACCUUUGGAAUCUAGAAACGCUAUACUUAUGGAUUCAAGAGUCUAUUACUCUACCAAACAAAAUAUGGAAACUCAAGUCACUCAGGCAUAUAUACGUAUGUUUAGCGCCAGCAUCAAUGUCAAGGAUGAAAAUCGGAGAAACAAAGGUGGAGAAUCUUCAAACACUGCAUGCAAUCUUUCUUAAUGCAAGAACAGCAAGCGUCCUAAACAAGGGCAUGUUCCCCAACUUGACCAAAUUAACUUUGUUUGGGGCGAUAGAGCUGCCAGAAAAAGAAUUCUUAGAGAACAGUUUGCAGUGCCUAAACAAACUCCGAACGCUAAAGCUACUUGGCAUCGCGAAGCUUCCAUUAGAUCCGAAUGCGUAUCCUACAAGUCUUACCAAGAUUACCAUAUCCUUUGCUCAGCUGGAUGCAAGAAUGAUAAAGACCCUGGGACAGCUAGCCAACCUGCAAAUCUUGAAACUCGUUGACGGAACCAUAGAUGGCGAUGUUAAUUGCGUAGCUGGUGACUUCCCACAGCUUCAAGUACUACAUGUGAGGGACGUUCAACUGGAUGGCAGGUGGAAAGUCGAGGAAGGAGCAAUGCCUCAGAUUCGAUAUUGCAACCCCCCUCACAUCCUUGACUAAGAGUGAUGAGGUUAUA